AUGCCACGUAAUCCCACACAGAAACGACCUUCACAAAGCAAUCCUAUGGUGGAAGCAGUAGAAGGCAAACGACAGUCUAAGCUGAGUAAGAAGAUUCUUGAGGCUGCAAGUCAGGAUGCUCCUGUAUUGAAGCAUCAUGGUCGCCCUCCCAAGCAAGUGCCAGGACAAAGCGACUUAAAUACUGAUGUCCAUGGUGACAAAGCUAAACAUACUUCAGUCUGGGUUGAUGAAGGAGCUCUGGCGAAACUUCAAGACAAGAACAGAGUUGAUGGUGGGAUUCAUGUGGCUCAAGAGACUAAGCAUUAUAAAGAUUUUUGUCAACACAAAGGGUCCAGUGUAAAUGCACUCACACUGGGAAGUGCUACAAUCAUCACAAAUUCUGAAGAUGACUGUAACGAAAAGAACAACGACGAGUUGAAGCCUGUUGUCCUACAUUGCAAGCGUGGUCGCCCUCCGAAAGCUGCUAAUGCAAUGCAAAUGGAGCCAGCAAGUGAAGAGGGGGCUGUUUUCCCGCCAUCCGGGCCAGCUCCUGUUCUUACCAGUUUGAGCGACAUUGGUGCCUUUGACGAUGAAUUAGCAGAAGAUACGCUUGCGCAAAUUCUUGCGGACGGUAUUGCAAAUGAUACAAUCACCUUGUCUGAAUCCGAUCCCGAAGAAGAUGAUGGUGAUAUAUUAUUGCCAGUCACAUCAAGCCUGCAUGUACACGAAAGCACGCCACAUGUGCGCAAGGCGACUGGACACCUAAAGGUCAAGGUCAAGGUUCACGAUAGGGUUGCGGAGCGGAACAUAACCAUAUCCUCUUUGGACCAAUACGUUGACAUUUUGGAGACAACAGUCCAGGCAAUGAAGCGACCUAACCAUUGUGUCGAGAUAGGAUAUGAGGCUCCCUGGAGCUCAAAGGUAGGGACGAAAAGAAGCCUUGCAUACAUAUCCAACUCGGAUGAACUUGAAGAGUUUUGGAAUGCCUACCGUAGGUAUAUGAAGAGUCAACAGAGCAAACGCCGCAAGCGUAGUGAAGAGAUUGUCUGUGGGAUAAUAUUCUGUAACAUGUUGGAUGCUGCCCAGGUAAUAUAUUUCUCAUUUCAUUGUAAAAAUUCAGUUGCUUAG